CCUAUUGACUCGAUCCAUUGUGCGUCGCGGCGUAAACCGGACCGGCCGGCCAAGUUUCCUCCUGGUCGGCCGAUCAGUUUUGUUUACACCACCGAUCGAACCAGCCCCGCGCCGCGGAUCAGUGCCUCUGUGAAUCAGUACUCCGCACGGGUUUUCACUUUUAAAGCUUGAAUAGUUCGGUGUACGUACUUUCGCGCGCAUUUUCGGAAAAUUUCUCUUAGUUCGUGAAAAUUGUAAAAUUUAAUUCGACGUAUGUUUUUGUAAAUUUGUUGUACACGUAGAGUGGGGGAGCUAAGGAGUGUUUCUGCACGGUCGAGACGGCAUGCCAAGGUUGGCGUUUUCUUUUUGGAUAUGAAAAUUUGUGGCGGAGCAGGGAAAAUGCUGCUGGCAGAUACAUUCAGAGACACUCUGUACAAGAGACUACCGUUCCUGGUAUGGCUGCCAAAAUACACGAUGGCGGACUUCGUGCCCGAUUUAAUAGCAGGAAUAACAGUUGGGCUCACCAUCAUGCCUCAGGCAAUAGCGUAUGCGUCAUUGGCAGGCAUUCAUCCUAAAUACGGACUAUAUUCGGCUUGUUUUGGAGGUUGGGUUUACAUUUUCUUCGGCACAAUCAAGCAGAUAACAAUAGGUCCUACUUCAAUCAUGUCAAUCCUUACGUUCACUUACACGCACGAUACAAACCCUGAGAUGGUGGCCUUUCUGUCAUUCAUGGCUGGCGUCGUAGUACUACUUCUUGGCGUCUUCCGGCUGGGUUUUCUGGUGGAAUUUGUGUCUGUUCCGGUGGUGUCUGGUUUUUCGUCAGCAACGGCCGUUUUCAUGACCUCCUCACAAGUGAAAACCAUCUUCGGUAUAAGUUACAAGUCUGGUUCUUUUCUGGAGACCUGGCGCCGAUUUUUUAAGCAUCUUCCAGAGUAUAGAAAGUGGGAUUUGACUCUUGGCAUUUCUUGCAUCAUCGUUCUUCUCUUCUUAAGGAAAAUUGGAAGUUUAAAUCUCACAAAUAAUGCCACGUUGAAGAGGAUUCUCUGGUUCAUCUCAACAGGGAGGAAUGCACUUGUAGUUUUGAUAAGUGGACUGAUUGCUUUCUUCUUUGAAAAAUAUCACGAUGCUUCUCCGUUUGUUUUAAUUGGUAAAAUUGAUUCCGGACUACCGAAACUGCAUCUGCCUCCAACACACACAGAGUUUGACGGCAAAGAUUAUGAUCUUGUGGAGAUGAUGGAAUAUCUUGGCACAGGGAUCUUCAUUGUUCCCAUCGUUGCCACGAUAAACAACAUAGCCGUAGCCAAAGUGUUCUCUGAGGGGAAGAUUAUUGAUGCAAGCCAGGAGAUGAUUGCGCUAGGUAUGACGAACAUAAUCGGUUCAACCGUCUAUGGAAUGCCAGUGGCAAGUGCCUUCUCUCGCUCAGCAGUCAAUAACGCCAGUGGAGUUGUCACCCCGAUGGGCGGAUUAUGGACAGGAACUUUGGUCUUGCUCUCAUUAUGGUUCCUCACGCCGUUCUUGUUUUACAUCCCUAAGGCUAGUUUGUCCGCAAUUUUGAUCUGUGCCGCCGUUUUCAUGAUUGAGGUUCACACAGCAAGACUUCUCUGGAAGAACAACAAAAGAGACUUAAUUCCUGCGGCUGUGACGUUCAUCAUGUGUCUGCUGAUAAAUAUUGAGGCUGGUUUGAUCAUCGGUAUCUUUACAGACAUUUCCAUGUUGCUUUACUAUAAUGCUCGACCACGGAUCAAUUUUGACAGGAGAAAGACGACAACGGGGUUGGAAUACUGGAUAUUCACUCCUUGUAGCGGGAUCCUAUUCCCGGCUGUGGAUUUCCUUCGUCAAACAAUCGUGGAACACGUUUUGAGCCAGUCAACGGAAUCAUCAUCACUCACUUACAUCGUAAUAGAGUGCUCACAUAUCCAUAAAAUUGACAUCACUGCGGCGCAGGGUAUCAAAUCACUGAUUCAUGACCUAAAAUCGAGAGGUUGCUACUUAAUAUUCUUAGAUCCCAAUGACAGUAUAACAAGGAUAAUCUCAGGCAUCUGCAAAGACGAGUUCAUAUCAUCACCCUCAGUCAACCAACUAGAAAGGGUACUGAACAAAGAGCUGGAUGAAUGUAACUCGAUUAAAUCCAUCCAAAAAUCUCAAGAGAAAGAGCCCGAAAAGUCAGCCGUUGUCCAGGCAAGAUUCUAAGGGAUCAAAACGGAUACUCAGAUUUAGUGCAUAAAGGUGAAAUCAUCUCGACAAGAGACAACCCAGGAUUUGGAUGCAAUCCUUGAAUCAACUGGAAGUUUUUUUUCCUUUGACUAAUGUAUACCUGAUGGUUUCCAUGGAACACUGCAAUGUUAUUUUGUUAUCUCAUAAGCCGAUUCCGUAAAUAUAUUUUGAUUUUACCAUGUUACUCAGUUAGGGACUCUAAAAAUUGACGACCUUGCGUAAAGUACCCAAUGGAGGUACAAAAACGUAAAUGCGUACUUUGAGGGUAAUCACUCGAUUGCGUUUCUUGAUCUCUGAAACUUCUUUGUCGAAUGAUCUUGAUCGAAAAAAUUCUAAAUGUUACUUGUUGAUCAAGGUCUUCAAGCAAGCCAUUGAUGAAGUUUUAGUAGAUUUCGACUCAAGUUAUUUUAAUCGGACGAUCAAUAAUACUAUUACCAGAAUGUGGUUUCAGCUAGCUGGGACUUGAGUAUUUGAAAUUGCAGAAAUCUAAUUUCCACCUUAGUGAUUGAACUGUCUUUUAUCUUAAACGAAAGUUUUUAGAGCCGUUUACAGCAAAAAUCUGCUCAUAAGUAUAAGUAAACGAGAUAAGCACUUUCUAUCUAAUUAGAUACUCGUUGAUUAAAAAAACGGCAUAUAUCUUUUUAUGUUCCUAUAUGCAUUCGAAUUAACUCGGUUUUUGAAAAUGAACUUUAGUUUUUUUUUGGAAAAGAAUAAUGAAAAAAAAAAAAAAAAUACUGUAGCGUUCGUUCGUGCCAAAAUAGUCUUCACAAAAUAAGCAAUGACACGCACGUUUUUAGCUUUUUUCAGUAUUUUAACUUCAAUUCUGUUUAAAGAUCACUUAACAUUUUUUGGCUGUGGUAGAUUGCAACUUGGCUGGGCAUAAUUUUCAAACUGUCUGAAAAUAUCGCAAAUAGUAACUUUAGUAGAGGCUGUUUAUGCGAUCAGCUAAUGUAGCCCACUUCUUCAUCUUGAAGGGUGUAAAAUAUGAAUCAGCGGUCAAUUAAUAAAUGGAAACACUUCUGGAAUUUCCUGGAAAUGAAAUUAUGCUUAGAUAUUGAGUUGGUCUCCGGUGAAUAUUUAAGGAACUAAUGAGGCUGUGCCAAUUUAGCGUAAAAGCAUCAUAAUUUUUGGCUAUGCCACGCUUACUUUUCUUUUUGUUAAUAUAUAGGUAUAAGACUAAUUUUUUUUUUAAAUGGAAUCUGAAAUGCGGUCCUUCCAUGGUAGGCCCCCUAUUUAUUUUUUCAAAUAAUUGUAUUUACUCUCGAAGGAGCUGAUACGAAUUGUGAUAUUUUAGUGUUUAAGUUCAAAUUUUACGAGAUUGUACAUAAUAUAAAAAGUUUAGGUUUUACUAAAACUCGACCGCGUUUUCUUUGACUUUCUUCUAUCUGACUAUAUUGCAUUUUAUUUUUUGUUAUGUUAUUCCGUAGUUUUAAGAUGCAUACUUAGCAUUAGACAUGUGCUACUUGAAAAUCGUAAUCAUAUCUGAAAAUAAAAUCUCCGUUCGACCAAAUAGUGGAGAUCACAUACAUUUUAAUGCGUUUUUCGACCAAGCAAUAUUUUUUUUUCUAUUCUACAUUCAUUGGUAGCAUAGCAUUUUUACGUCAUGCUGAAGUUCUGAUAGAUACUAUUCAAUAUUCAUAAACUGUUGUAAAUAAUUAUUGCCUCAUUCUCUUCGCAGGUUCUACUCAUCAACCCACCACUGAUUCAUCUUCAUUUAUUCAUUUAAUAAAUUAUUCCAAUUAUUUAUUUAUUUAUAUUUAUUUCUGAGAUCUUCCACUCAUUGAAUAUUCCUAACUCUGGCUUUCUUUUUCUUACUAGAUGAUCUUACAUGUUUAUCGUUAAGCUCCAAAAAUACUUGUACAGCUUGUAAUAGCUCCAAAAGUAUUACAGCCAUCAUCACUUUCAAUCAUGUACAUCUGAUUUCAUUAUGAAUGCGUAAAAAUAAUGGAUUUUUGAAGCAUUUUAAAUAAUGAGUGCAUAUAACGGUCGUGAAUUUGUAUGACUGGAAAAGAGAGUCAUGCAGUUUGUAAUGAAGGACAUCUAAGUCAAGGCUGUCAAACUCCUUUCACCUGAUCACGUUGUCGAUUUCUGUUUUCCCUUUUUUACACUACCAUUACAAACAAUUUCACAGUAUUAUUUUGUACCAAAUUUGUAGAUAAUUUCCUACAGGUAAAAGUAAAUCAAGCAUGAUGUUUUGAAGGAAACGAUAUGGUUUUUCUAUAGUAGAAUGGUGUGUAAGGCUUUGAAAGGUACAAUACCAAAUAACAAAAUUUGUUUAAGUCAUAAAAAAUAAAGUUCCACCGUUGAUAUUGAGCAUAUUUUCAUCUUUCAGACUGUGUUGUUCUUGAUUCCACAGUAUUUUUUACGUAUUUUUUUUUCAUCUCUUGACAGUUUUUUUCAUGUUAUUUGUUGGUAAUAUAUUUAUCCAUGUUGGACCGAUCAGGGGCAGGUAUUUUGAUUGUUCAAUUACUGUGCCAUUUACUGAAUCUAAGCGUAUUUGCCCAGUUUUGUAAGGUAUAUUUCCAAGCUUUCAAGUCUACUUUCCAAUGAACAGACUUUCUUAAUUGAUUCCAUUUGGACGUACUGAAAUGUUAUUAAUAGGUAUAUAAAUGUAAAUGGGAAAGAAUGUUUCAUAUUAUGGAUUAGACAUCACAUAAUUGACUGUGCGAUUGGGUUAUUUUUUAGCAAUUACAGCAUUUUAGGUAAAUAGUCUUACACUUGCAAGAUGAAUUACCUACUUCAAAUGCUGUGAAACGUUUUUAUACUUGUAAGUUAAUGAUCAAGAGAAGAAGAACCGAGUAUUAAUGCAGUAACCCUAUGCAGUUAAGGUCAUUGAAUGAAGUCAAUUAUUCUAAUAACUAAACACAAAAAUGGACACUCAAUAAGCGGUCCAUUAUGUCAGAUUUAUCAGUGAAUUAUUGUUAAUAGAUUCAAGCGUGGAAGCCGUUUCUCUCUGGAAGUCACACUGACCCAUUUGCAUUACAAUUUUCGAACUCUUUCCUGUAUCAUUCAAAGUGUUCGGUGUCGUAUUUGGAGGAAUUUCGCAGCAAUGCAUUUGUAGAAGUUCAAUUAAAUUUGAUUCCUUUUCGAAUUUCUACAAAAUGGAUUUAGUUCGAGACCAAACUGAAAAUCUGACCCACUCCUCUUCCAUUGGAAUUCGUACCCAGAAGAAUUAGUCAUUUAAAGUAUUUGUACAUAUAAAGACCCAUCUCAGUGAUUUUCAUACGUUAAUGUAAUGCUUAAUAUAAAUUCUGUUGAAUAUUAAUAGAGAAUAGAAAUAAAUAUAUUUGUAAAGCUUU